AACAUUAACAUUCCAGAUCUGAAACGGAACCUCUUUCUCAGGUUUUAUAAAAUCUCAUAUCUGUUCAAAACUUUCCUAUUCUUCGUAUUCAUCAUACACCACGCCAAAUCACAAUACCCAUCAGGUAAUUCUGCUCUUUUUGUCUUUACGCUGAAUCUGUUUGUUCCCCUUCCUUGAACGUUUUUAAUUGGGGUUGCGACCAACUAUGUUGGAGCUCAAUACUAAGUUAGAUUCCUUGGGAUAUUCAUCCAUUAUCUGUGAUUAGGAAAACCCAUGUCACCAUUUUCACAAAUUGUGGGUUUUAGUUGGAUGUUUUCAAGAGUUUGAUUCUAGGGUUCUUUAUGCAAAUUUUGGGGGGUUUUUGGGAAUUUUGGCUCAGUUGAGAUCUCUGUGAAACGGGUUUUGGAAAAAGUUUUGGUCUUGAGAUUUAUGAGAUAUUAACUGUGAAAGAAAGAUGAUGGGUGAGAAGUUUUGUGUGAACGAGGAAGACAAGGGUGUGUUGGAGUCUGUGCUGGGUGCAGAGGCUGUUGCGUUCUUUAUUUCCGCACUUUCCAAUAAUGUCUUUUCCGGUGUGGUUGCGCCAUCGGCCAGUACUGACCCGGGUCUCCGACAGCGGUUGUGCCAGCUUGUUGAGGGUUCCAAGUGGAAUUAUGCUGUGUUUUGGCAGGUUGCUGUCUUGAAAUCUGGUGGUUCUGCCUUGGUUUGGGGUGAUGGGCAUUGCAGUGAUCCCAAAGGGGAGAGGAAUGGAGUUGGGAAGGAGGAUGAGCAGGAGGUGAGAAAGAAUGUGCUGCAGAAGCUUGAUGCCUGCUUUGGUGGGUCUGUGUCGAAAGAGGCUAAUUAUGCGAGAUUGGACAGGGUUUCGGAUUUGCUCAUGUUUUACUUAUCCUCAAUGUGUUAUAUAUUUGGUUUUGAUUCGCCAUGUGGCCCUGGCAGUUCGUUCAAGUCUGGUAAAUUGAUUUGGGCUUCCGAUGCUGCUGGUUGUUUAAACCAAUUAGAAUCUAGAUCGUUUAUGGGGAAAUUGGCUGGUCUUCAAACUGUUGUGUUUGUUCCUCUGAAGUCCGGGGUGGUGGAGCUUGGUUCGCUCGAAAUGGUGCCUGAAGAGCACGGUGUUGUGGAGAUGGUCAGGACAGCAUUUGGGGAAUCCAGUCCCGGACAGGCAAAGGUGUUUCCGAAGAUUUUUGGGCAUGAGUUAAGCCUAGGGGACACAAAAUCUCAGUCUAUAACUAUUAGUUUCUCCCCGAAGGUGGAAGAUGAUCCUGGUUUUACUUCGGACUCCUAUGAGGUUCAAGCACUAGGGGUGAACCAUGCUUAUGGAAAUUCUUCCAAUGGGACUUUAGGUGUCAGUAAUGAAGGUAAAAUGUUCCCUCAACUGAAUCAAAUGAUGGCUGGGAAUUUUAAUGCUCAAGGAAGCGGGGUUCCUUGUCUAGAUCUCGGUAAUGAAGACUCAUCCUCCAUUCAUGCAGAUGAGCGGAAGCCCAGAAAAAGAGGUAGAAAGCCGGCAAAUGGGAGAGAGGAACCGCUGAAUCAUGUUGAAGCUGAGAGACAAAGACGUGAGAAGCUUAACCAAAGGUUUUAUGCCUUGAGAGCUGUUGUCCCUAACAUAUCUAAAAUGGACAAGGCAUCUUUGCUUGGUGAUGCCAUUACCUUUAUCACUGAUCUCCAGAUGAAGAUCAAGGUGUUGGAAGCUGAGAAGAACAUGAUCCACAAUCAGGACCAAAAAUUGUCAUUGCCAGAUAUGGAUUUUCAGGAAAGAGAGGAUGAGACAGUUGUGACAGUGAGAUGCCCCUUAGAUAUUCACCCUGUUUCUAAUGUUGUUAAAACGUUCAAGGAGCAUCAAAUUGUGGCUCAAGACUCCAGUGUUUCGACUACAGAUGAUAAAAUUAUUCACACAUUCUCCAUAAGAACUGAGGGAGGGGAGACUGCUGCUAUACAGUUGAAAGAAAAGCUGGAAGCAUCCCUAUCCAAAAAUCGAUAGUCAGAUCAUAAUCAUAUUUAUGUUUAGCAUCUCAAGGAUAUUGUAAACCAUAUUAGAAAUACUCUGUUUGUCUUGUAGGCUAAGUAGCUGACAUAAUAUUGUUAUUAAUGUACUUAGUUUUUUUUUUACAGUAGUGUACUUUGUUAGUUGUAAUCUCUUUUAAAAUAUGUUUAGGUCAUCAUAGGUGACCUUAAUUAUGUACUUAAGUUGAUUAAUAGUUGAAUUUGAUGUUGAUGGGUAA